GGGCUUUUUCUCUUUCCUCAUCCUUUUUUUUUUCUUUUUCUUUUUCCUUUAUUUCUUCUUCCUUUCGCUAGCGUGAGACGACUUGAACCCUAGCAGAGGGGGGAAAUCUGAUUUUCUCGGGAAUCAAUCAGCCCGUUUAACAUUUCCGCAGUGGGAAAAUGCAGAAUCCGAGGCUCAAGCAGCAACAACAACAAGCUCUAAUGCAGCAAGCUCUGAUGCAGCAACACUCCCUCUAUCACCCUAGUGUCUUGGCUGCCCCUCAGAUAGAGCCUGUCCCAAGUGGAAACCUGCCUCCCGGUUUUGAUCCCAGUACUUGCCGUAGCGUAUAUGUCGGGAACAUCCACACACAGGUCACAGAGGAACUUAUUCAAGAGAUUUUUGCAAGUACUGGACCUGUAGAAAGCAGCAAACUCAUAAAAAAGGAUAAGUCAUCAUAUGGUUUUGUCCACUACUUUGAUAGAAGGUCUGCUGCUCUGGCUAUAAUGUCUCUUAACGGAAGGCAUUUAUUUGGACAGCCUAUCAAAGUUAAUUGGGCAUAUGCCACAGGUCAGAGGGAAGACACAUCCAGCCAUUUCAACAUUUUUGUGGGAGAUCUUGGUCCAGAGAUUACAGAUGCAACAUUAUUUGCUUGCUUUUCUGUUUAUCCCAGUUGCUCGGAUGCAAGAGUCAUGUGGGAUCUGAAAACUGGGCGUUCAAGAGGUUUCGGGUUUGUUUCCUUUCGCAAUCAACAGGAUGCUCAGUGUGCAAUAAAUGACAUGAAUGGUAAAUGGUUGGGAAGCAAACAGAUCAGAUGCAACUGGGCAACAAAAGGUGCAACAUCUGGUGACGAUAGGCAGAGUUCUGACGGAAAAAGCGUUGUUGAACUUACAAAUGGGUCUUCAGAGGAUGGUAAAGAGACAGCAAAUGAGGAUGCUCCUGAAAACAAUCCUCAAUACAUGACUGUUUAUGUAGGAAACCUUGCUCCUGAGGUAACACAGCUUGAUCUACACCGUCACUUCCAUGCCCUUGGUGCGGGAGUUAUUGAAGAGGUCCGAGUCCAGCGUGAGAAAGGCUUUGGUUUUGUGAGGUAUAGCACUCAUGCUGAGGCUGCUUUUGCUAUUCAAAUGGGCAACUCUCAGCCUUACCUCUUCAACAGACAGAUAAAGUGCUCUUGGGGGAACAAAAUAACUCCGCCAGGAACGGUGUCGAACCCGCUUCCCCCACCGGUUCCAGGGCAUGUGUCAGCAGCGGAACUGUUAGCAUACGAGCAACAGCUGGCAAUGAGCAAGAUGGGGGGAGUGAACCCGUUGAUGCAUCAUCCCCAGGGACAGCACCCUCUGAAGCAGGCAGCAGCUCUUGGGGCUGGAGCAAGCGCGGCGAUGUACGAUGGUGGCUUCCAGAACCAGCACCUCAUGUACUAUCAGUAAUAAUGACCCCCACGGUAUCAUCAUCAUCGUCAUCAUUUACCCUUUUUUUUUUAAUAUAAGACGUGAGUGUCGGUCCUAUAUGUCCAGAGAUCAUCUUCUCUACAUAUAUUUGUGAGGUUUGUUGCCCGACAUGUUAUGGAUAUAAAUGUUAUCUGCAGUUGUGUAUGAGGUAGUUAAUGCUAAGUAUGCCAAGUGAUAAAAACAUUCAAUAAGAAGAGGAUUUGGAAUCA